CCACAAAACCACGGACAGCAGCAGGAAGAGAAGCCAGGUGUCUACAGUCAAGAUGCUCUGCUGCAGACUCCUAAGCUUGUGAAGAUCGCCCUGUAAACACAGACUUGGGAGAUGGGAUCCUAAAGCCCAGGAGAAGCAGAAAUGAGGAAGCAAGUGGGACGACGAAGCAGGACAGGAUACCGCCUUCUUCAAGGCCCACAGCAGACUGGCAUAGUAGCCGCCGUUCUGACACCCACCCAGCUUCCUGAGCUACCUCCAGGUUCCCUGGAGCCGUCACGGGGUCGACCCGCAGCUCCUAGGGGUUGCGAGGAGUGGCCCCGGAUGCUCGGUCCUUUCCUCACCCGCUCAGAAGAGCGGCUCCGCAGCGCAGAGAAGCCGGCCAGAGCCCCGCAAACGCGGAGGCGCCGGGCUCGGCAGGGGAUUGCUUCUGUCUAGCGCUCCGCUGAGGCUGCGUUCGGGUCUCGCGCGCACCCGCUCCGCGUUCUCCCAGCCAAUCGGGCGCUACUCGCGCGUCCCGAGCGUUCCCCCGUCCUCCUCCGGCACGGCCGGCUCCUUCCCGCUCAGUACUCUGCGCCGAGCUCUCACUCCUCCCCUCACUCUCCACGAGUUUCACGCCUCGCCGUGUAGCUCCGCCCUGUCCCCGGGUCCGCCCCCGCAACCUCCCGAGCUUGUGCUCUUCUUUUCCCUCAGUCUCUUGCUCUCCAGCCGCCCUGGCUCUCGUGCUCCGCAGCGGCCUGGGACUAACCGGCCCGGACGGACACCGCGCUUUCGCCUCAGCGUGUGCCACCCGCGGCCCGCCGCCUCCGACUGGGACUCGGGGUCGCGCGCCCUGACUCCGCCCCCUCCCGCGGACUCGCGCGCUCCCGGCGCGGCCUCUCCCCGGCGCCGGCCGACCGGCACUCGGCCGCCUCCCCUUCCGUCCCCGCUCACCUCGCGCUCCCGCUCUCGCGGCUGUCCAAGGCGAGCGCGCUCCCGGCCGGCGCGUUCCGAGCUCCGGCUUCUCCCGGCUCCUGUCAGUGCGGUGACUGCGCUGGGAAACAUGGCGACCGAGGGAAUGAUCCUCACUAACCACGAUCAUCAAAUCCGCGUCGGAGUCCUCACAGUGAGUGAUAGUUGCUUCAGGAAUCUUGCAGAAGAUCGCAGUGGGAUAAAUCUCAAAGAUCUUGUACAAGAUCCUUCUUUGUUGGGUGGGACUAUAUCAGCAUACAAGAUAGUACCAGACGAAAUAGAAGAAAUCAAGGAGACUCUGAUAGACUGGUGUGAUGAAAAGGAACUUAAUUUGAUAUUAACAACUGGAGGAACAGGGUUUGCACCACGAGAUGUCACUCCAGAGGCCACAAAAGAAGUAAUAGAACGGGAAGCGCCAGGCAUGGCCCUGGCAAUGCUGAUGGGAUCACUUAAUGUUACACCUCUGGGCAUGCUCUCUAGGCCUGUAUGUGGAAUCAGAGGAAAAACUCUCAUAAUUAACUUGCCAGGUAGCAAGAAAGGAUCUCAGGAAUGCUUUCAGUUUAUACUGCCAGCUCUACCUCAUGCCAUUGACCUUUUACGCGAUGCCAUUGUAAAAGUAAAGGAAGUGCAUGAUGAACUUGAAGAUUUACCUUCCCCACCACCUCCUCUUUCUCCUCCUCCCACAACUAGCCCCCAUAAACAGACAGAAGACAAAGGGGUUCAAUGUGAGGAAGAGGAAGAAGAGAAGAAAGACAGUGGUGUUGCUUCAACAGAAGACAGUUCUUCAUCACAUAUAACUGCAGCAGCCAUUGCUGCCAAGAUUCCAGACUCCAUAAUUUCUCGUGGCGUUCAGGUGCUCCCACGAGACACAGCUUCCCUCAGCACUACUCCUUCAGAAUCUCCUCGUGCUCAGGCUACAUCUCGCCUUUCUACAGCUUCCUGCCCAACACCAAAAGUCCAGUCCAGGUGCAGCAGCAAGGAGAACAUUCUCAGAGCCAGUCACAGUGCUGUUGAUAUCACCAAGGUGGCUAGAAGACACCGCAUGUCUCCUUUUCCUCUAACAUCUAUGGAUAAAGCCUUCAUCACAGUCCUGGAGAUGACUCCGGUGCUUGGGACGGAAAUCAUCAACUAUCGAGAUGGAAUGGGUCGAGUCCUUGCUCAAGAUGUAUAUGCAAAAGAUAACCUCCCCCCCUUCCCAGCAUCAGUAAAAGAUGGCUAUGCUGUUCGAGCUGCUGAUGGCCCGGGAGAUCGUUUCAUCAUUGGGGAAUCCCAAGCUGGUGAACAGCCAACUCAGACAGUAAUGCCUGGACAAGUCAUGCGGGUUACAACAGGUGCUCCAAUCCCCUGCGGUGCUGAUGCAGUAGUACAAGUAGAAGAUACCGAACUUAUCAGGGAGUCCGAUGAUGGCACUGAGGAACUUGAAGUACGCAUUCUGGUGCAAGCUCGGCCAGGCCAAGAUAUUAGACCUAUUGGCCAUGACAUUAAAAGAGGGGAAUGCGUGUUGGCCAAAGGAACCCAUAUGGGCCCCUCAGAGAUUGGUCUUCUGGCAACUGUAGGUGUCACAGAGGUUGAAGUUAAUAAGUUUCCGGUGGUUGCAGUCAUGUCAACAGGGAAUGAGCUGCUAAAUCCUGAAGAUGACCUCUUACCAGGAAAGAUUCGAGACAGCAAUCGUUCAACCCUCUUAGCCACAAUUCAGGAACAUGGUUACCCCACAAUCAACUUGGGAAUUGUGGGAGACAACCCAGAUGACUUACUCAACGCCUUGAAUGAGGGUAUCAGUCGUGCUGAUGUCAUCAUCACAUCAGGGGGUGUAUCCAUGGGGGAAAAGGACUAUCUCAAGCAGGUGCUGGACAUUGAUCUUCAUGCUCAGAUCCAUUUUGGCAGGGUUUUUAUGAAGCCAGGCCUGCCAACAACAUUUGCAACUUUGGACAUUGAUGGUGUAAGAAAAAUAAUUUUUGCACUACCAGGAAAUCCUGUGUCAGCUGUGGUCACCUGCAAUCUCUUUGUUGUGCCUGCACUGAGAAAGAUGCAGGGCAUCUUGGAUCCUCGGCCAACGAUCAUCAAAGCCAGGUUAUCAUGUGAUGUAAAACUGGAUCCUCGCCCAGAAUACCAUCGGUGUAUACUGACUUGGCAUCACCAAGAACCACUGCCUUGGGCACAGAGUACAGGUAAUCAGAUGAGCAGCCGUCUGAUGAGCAUGCGCAGCGCCAAUGGGUUGUUGAUGCUACCUCCAAAGACAGAGCAGUACGUGGAGCUCCACAAGGGCGAGGUGGUGGACGUCAUGGUCAUCGGACGACUAUGAUGGUCGCCAGCGGGAGAAAGCUUUGAUGCAUGUCCACAUAUCAUUGACUGUAUCCUGUAAUAUGCAACGGCACAGCUAGUUUUUCUGAUUUGGAUAAAAGUUGAUCUGUAUAGUCAACAUCUUGAACUAUAUUUCAAAAGAAUUUAAAUACCUUUUAAAGAAAAAAACACCUAAAAAUAAAUCUUAAAACAGACAACUCUAUUCUGAUUAUAUCAAAGCAAAUUUUUCCUUUCUUGCAAAUUGCUUUGUGUGUUCAAUGCUAGGUCUGAUAGCGAUAGCUUUUAGUAGACAGCAGUAGGUGCCUGCAGAACUUGUGUUUUUCUCAUCUUUAAACAACUACUUAUGCUCUUAAAUCAAGGCUGUCUGCUUAUUUAUACUAGCGUAGGCAACACUUGGAUUCCCUUCUUAGUAUGCUUCAUAACCGCUUUACAGAGAGCUUUCGCUUGUUCUUUAUCAUGUAUCGUGUUUAUGUGCACAGUGCCAAAAGAAGAGUGGCUGGGGGCCUUGCCCUGCCUCCAGGAGAACAUCCCUGCAGAGCUUCCGGGGAAGUUUCUCGCCCCAGUAGCCUCGUGGCACAGUACUCUUGGGCAGUAACUGGAUACUUUUUAUUUGAACAAACAAACUGGGAGAAAAAUGCUUCCUUAAGUGCUGACAGCCUUUUUAACCAAUACAUUUAAAGUUGUACAGAACAAAAAAUAAAAUCAAAGACUGAUCUUGUACAGAUAUUAGUGUUACCAGCAUUCACGUGGAAAUCAAGAGCAAAGAAAAAAUAACGAUAAACAACUCUGUACCAUAACAUUUUCUGUAAUGAUACUGAAACUUAAUGAAUAAAAAAUCCUUGAUCAUUAU